AUGUCUGGUCUCAUCAACAAGGUCAAGGACGCUAUCCACUCCGACAAGGACAAGUCCCACGAGCAGCCUACUGGAACUCACGGAACUCACUCUUCUCGAGCUGCCAACGCUGCUGAUCCUCGAAUUGACUCUGACCGCGAUCACCGCGCCAACCCCGGCACCACAACCGGCCACCACACCACAACCGGAGGCCUUGGCUCUACUGGAGCCACCGGCACUCACUCCUCAGGACUCCCCGAGGGUUCUGUUGGACCUCACUCUUCUCGAGUUGCUAAUGCCGCUGACCCCCGUGUUGACUCCGACCUUGACAGCUCCCGCCGCACCGGUGCCACCGGGUCCCACGGCCUGAGUGGAACUACUGGCACAACUGGUGGUUUGACCGAAGGCUCUACCUACUCCGAGAACAUGCCUGGCCAUACCACUGGCGGCCUUGGCCACACUGGCGGCAUGGGACGAUCUGAGAACCUCCCUGAGGGUUCUGUUGGACCUCACUCUUCUCGAGUUGCCAACGCCGCCGACCCCCGCGUUGACUCCGACCUUGACAGCUCUCGCCGCACUGGUGGUCUGGGCGGCAACACCUAUGACCAGACUACUACUGGCACUUCAGGCUUCUCCAGCCAUGGUGCUGGCGCACACGGCCCCACUGGCACCCACACCUCCGGCUUGGGCGGAACUGGCUCUACCGGUACAUACGGUUCUACCGGCACUGGGGCUGGGGCUGGUCUCGGCGGUGCUGGCUCCGGUUACGGCACCGGACCCGGCCCUGCUCCUAACACUGCGGGACCUCACAAGUCCGAUGCUUUGAACAAGGCUGACCCUCGCGUCGACUCCGACCUUGACGGAAGCAAGACCGUGGGCAAGGAGAAGACUUUCCAGCAGUCCAACAACAACUUCGCCGGCCGUGAUCCCACCGAUGCCACUCAGGUCCCCCCUUCUGUCCUACAGAAGCAUGUUCCCACUGAGAUCGCUCAUGACGAUCCUCACAGCGACCACAGCCGGCGACACAGCAGCACUCACCAGGAGACUCACCGGGAUAUGCCCGAUGUAGAAUCUACUACCAUAUUCUUCAUGGACGCCGAGUAUCGCGAUCGCCUCGCCGAUGAUAGUACUCUCGCAGUUGAGCAGAGUGAGUCAGGUAAGGUGCUUCUCGUCACCUAG